CCCAUUUGUAUCCAGACAAAAUGAAGAUUCAACAAAUAUGCCUGACCGCCAGCAACUGCGGCCAGUUCCGCUUUCCAGCAGACGUGGACCCUUCUAUCCAUCAACACGACUGGGAAUCAUACACAGCCAGUCUCCUCCGCUCCUGUCCGGAAUCAAUAUGGCCCCAGGGCUCUCCUACUGCCCAUUCGCUGCCCAUGCUGGUGACGGCUGAAGAUCAUAUCAACCCUCUUCGCGCUUUCCACGAUGCUCUCGUCGCAGCAAUUGUGGAUAUUGUCAAUCGGUGGUGGACCGACACCGCAGCUGAUUUUCCAGCGAGAAUGCCAAUCGAGCCUUAUGAGGAGAGUCUGUUAAGGUGGAUGAACACUCUACCAGCUGGCACAGUUGCUCCGUUUGAGAAAUGUCUGGGAUCAUGGCGACCAGACUUCCUCAUCGAGCAUGUCGCUGAUCCUUCCAGCAGCGAUGGCACCCGUGAACAGUUCCGGGUGUGUGAAAUCAAUGCUCGCUUCUGCUGGAAUGGCUAUCUGCAUGGAGCGUAUGGGCAGCAGGCCUUGGAUGAGAUGGGGGCAGAGGAAAGAGGGUUCCGGGGUGCGGCGGAUUGCGAAGAGACUCUGAACGAGCUAUUGAGUCUGUUUGACACGUCCAAACCCUUGCAUUUCCUCAAAGGAGAGGAAAAAGGAAUUGAUAUUCAUAUGUUCGCUCAUGCGGUCGAAGAGCGAACUGGCAUCCGUCCUAGAUUCAUCACCCCCGAGGAUCUCCGUCUUGUUCCAUCCAUCAAGGCACCUCUAGGACAAAAGCUGUGCUGUGUCGUUUCUCCAGAUGCAGAAACGUCACCGCAAUCGACCAUCUUCGAAUUCAACGGCGAGUGGCUCGAGGAAAUCUACCAGGUCAACCUGGAACUGCAUCAACGAGAGCUGCGGGCAAUGCCUACCAAGAUUCUCCGCCAUGUAUCGCUGCACUGCUUCAAUGACAUGCGCACCAUCUUCCUCGUGCAUGAUAAACGCAUGCUGGGGAUUAUCCUCCAAGAGCUCGACGUCCUCAUCAAUCGUCACGUCCUGACUCCAUCUCAAGCAGAUCUCCUCCGCGAGGGCAUCUCAACAACGUUCAUCCCAGGAUCUCCUGAAAUGGCCCAAUUCACACAAGACUCCCAGGUAAACCCAACUCUGAAAGAUGGGUAUAUCCUCAAGCCAAUCCGCAGCGGGAAAGGCGCGGGCAUCCUCUUUGGCGACGAGCUAUCGUGGCAAGACUGGCAGACAAAACUACAAACCUGUCAGCAGGCAACUCUUGCCCCCGGUCAGAUGAGCUACGUCGUGCAGCGACAUAUUCCCCAGGGCGUGUAUGAUGUUUGCAUGAAGAAUGACCACGAAAAGAAGCAGAUGCAGAUGGUUGGGACGUAUCAUGUCGUCAAUGGACGGUAUCUUGGUAUCGGGACGUGGCGUUGUAGUCCGGCGCGUAUCUGUGCUGUCUCUCGUGGGGGGUCGAUGAUAUGCUCUGUAUAUAUUGAUGAUGCUGCGAUGUAAAUGUUUAAUAAAUAAUAGGUGGUAAUAUCGUG